AUGCGUUUCGCGGCGUUCGCGCUGUUGCUGUGCAUAGGCGCGGGCCAGGCGCGCUACCUGGGCCGCGAGGUGGGCCAGCUGUCGCAGCUGCACCACGGCGUGCGCGGCGCCGUGUUCGCGGUCGACUCGCGCACGAUCUACCUGCACGACUUCCACUACGACGGCGAGGGGCCCGCGGCAUAUUUCUACGUGGGCACAUCGAAGACCCCCAACGCGGCCGGCGCUCUCCGACUGCGCGACGAGCGCGGCGGCACGGGCCCGCUGCGGCGCUACCGCGGGGAGGGCGUCACGCUCUCUCUGCCCGACGGCAAGACCCUCAGAGACGUCAACUGGUUCUCCGUCUGGUGCGAUGAUUUCUCUGUAAACUUUGGCUCCGUAGACAUACCUCGCUCGCUGGAGUACCCGAAACCAGCUAAGAUCGGUGCUCUGCGCGGUGUGCACGGGGUCUCUUCUGACCCCAUCGUCAUCGUGGACGCUCAAACACUUCUUGUGCCGAAUUUCUCGUACGACGGUGAAGCACCUGAUGCAAAGUUCUGGGUGGGUCGCGGCGACAAGCCGUCCCCGCAGGGCAUCCGGAUACCGGACGAGAACGGCAAAGAAGCGCCGCUGCGCAAGUACGACAAGAAGACCAUUGUCUUGACACUGCCCGGGGAGCUGACGGUGUUCGACAUCGGGCACUUCGCGGUGUGGUGCGAGGCGUUCACGGUGAACUUCGGGCACGUGCCGCUGCCGCGCGCCGCGCUCGCCAACGUGCCGCCCAGCCUCAAGAUGCUCGGCGUCUCCCCGCAGUCGAAGCUGAACUGUGAAGUACUGCAUGAUGAACUGGCCUUCGAAGUCCGCUGGGCCAUCGCCGGAGACAGCAUUGUGCUGCAGCUCGUCUCCAAGCUGGAGGACGGUGAAUACAUGUCGUUCGGUAUAUCUGGAGUCGUCGACCACACGCAGAUGGUAGGUGGUGAUGUGGCGGUCGCGUGGGUGGACAAAGACACACUCAAGGGCUACGCCAACGACUACUACCUGGAUGCGAAGAGUCAGUGUGCUGGUGUCCACGGAUCGUGUCCCGAUGAACGGAUUGCGGAAAACACGAGUUCCAUCCGCGUGCUAAACGCAGCCCUAGUAAACGGCUACUCCAUCGUUACUUACCAGCGUCCCUUGAAGGCGGCAGAUUUCUUGGACAAGCCCGUGUUCACUAACAUGAGCCAAGCCAUCAUAUGGGCCAUUGGACCCCUCAACUCUAAACGUGAGGUCUCCUACCACCAAUACUUUACUAAGGGUGACAAAUUCAUUGAGUUCGGCCGACCACCGCUAUGGAACUGCCCGAUGCCUGAGGGUGACGAGGAACACAAGUCAGAACCGAUUCGCAAGGAACCGCCGACGAGACCGGCAGCGGUAGAAGAAGAUACUGCAGUAAUCAAGCCCAAUCCCGUGCCGACUCCACGACCAUCUCCGAAGGUGACGCCCUGGGAGAUCCCCGGCAUCCAGUGCUACGAGCCACCAGAUGGCGUGUUCUACGCACAGAUGGGACCCACUGGCGGAAAGCAAGGAUAUUCUGCCAUUACAGGUCACGUCGGUUGGGGUAUUUCCUGGUACAUCAACGGUCUCUUGAUUCCUGAGAUUACGGUGGUCCGAGGCAAGAAGUACACGUUCGUGGUGGAAGGUGGUACUGACCCUGAGGUACCAGCUCGCUACCAUCCCUUCUAUAUCACCAAUGAUCCUGUUGGAGGAUAUUACCAUAAAACUGAUGCGGAGAAAAAGGGUAUAGAAAUAUAUGCAGGUGUGCGUCGUUUGCGUAACGGUGAACUUCAACCAACUGGGGUUGGCCGUCUUUGUAACUGGACUCCAGACAAUGAGGGGCCGGAAGCUGACGAGUACCCAAGCUUCGGAGCUUAUCAGCGAUCUCUGACUCUGAUCUGCGAGGAAGGCAACCCUGGGGUGGUUACUUGGAUCCCAGACAAAAAUACUCCGGACACUGUCUACUAUCAGUGUUUCACUCAUCGCCAUCUCGGUUGGAAAAUACGCGUGAUCGAUGAGUGUGACGCUACAGACGCAGAGGAAAGUCGCGUAGUCGAGACCUUAGCCCUUCCUGACGAUCUUAUGGGCGAAGAGUCUAUUCAGGUACAAAGCCGUCUGAGACCGGAAUCAAAAUUUUUAGAUCAGCGAAAAAAACUUCAAAAAAUAAUCAAUACGAAACAAAAUUAUAACGAUUUCAGUAGCGAUAAAGGAGACAGCGGCCUCUCGGGAGAAGUGUACCCAGAACCCAGCAGGAACUAUUUGCACCCGAGUGGACACGAGUAUGAAUUGCCGAUAUCAAAAGUGCAAAUCAAAGAAGUCAUUGAAGCUGUAGAAAAUUUGGAAGAUCAAAUGAAAGAUGAAAUUAAAAGAAAUACAACAUAUCCCCAAAAGAUAUCACAAUACCAAGUUCAUGAAGAUGUCAAGGAGUUUGUACCAGAACAACCUAUAAGAGAGGGAGAUGAAUAUGUAGUUGAAACAGCAAAAUUGCCGGAAACAUUUUUAUUGCCACCAAAUCAAAAACCACAGACAUUACAUAAUGUAUUGAGACCUAAUUCUCAAAAUAAGCCAAUGGUAAAUAUGAGACCACCUUUUCGUAGACCGACACCUCCCGAAAUUAAAUUGCGUAGACCAUUCCCGAUGCACCCGAAAGGAAAUAGUCCAUAUCCACUGUCAAUGCCCAAUCCACACGGGUCAUAUGGAAUGCCCAAAAAGCCGAAUAAACACCAUAAUAAUCGACCUCCAUCAAAUAUGAAUAUGAAUAGACCUCAGCAAUCAAACAUUACACCAAUGAAGACAAUGCCACAAAUGCCUCCUCCAAAACCAGUUUAUAAUCAAGGGCCACCAAAGCAUGCGCCAAAAAUUCCUAACAAUUCCGUGCAAUCCGUUAUAAUAGGUAAACCUGGACAUAACAACAUAGCAGUGCCAGCCCAUAGUCAAACGUUAAGUUUGGGACAUACAGAUAUAAUUGCUAAUCAAGUUGUAAAGAGUCAAAUAACCUUACCAGGAUCAAAUGAUGCUGCAGCUCAACAUAGUGUUCCACAAAUCUUCUUUAACAAACCAGGACAAAUAAUACUAGGAAAACCCAUGGAUCAUCCUAAACCAUUAGACCAACAAAUGCUGCAGAACAAACCACAAUCUGUUCACACGGUGAGAGUAUCUUCAACUCCUUCGCCUGAAGUUUAUCGUCAUUCUUCCACAAUGCGCACAAGAACAAAUGAAAACCAUCAACAUUCUCAUCCACAUACACAAAAUGAAAUGAAGUCAUCUGAUUUCAUCGGAGAAUCCACAGAAACUUCAUCGUUCGCUCCUGCUCAGAAUACCGGUUUCAAACCAGACUCCAUUGUAAUUGAAAGUGGUUUUAAACCUAUCAUUCGCGAACCUUUGAUGGCGGGUGAAGAUAAAAUAGCAGAAUAUGACAAUAAUCAUGCAAAUAGAAGAGAAGAUACAGAUGUAGAAGAAGAUUAUGAAGAGGCUCCCCAAUAUAUAAAUUCUAAUCAUGCUUAUCCCAGUGAUAAAAUAACCGAGUCGUUUGAACCAAUGUUCAUACCGUCUCCUCCUGAUCAUUUAUUAUCUAAUAACGAUAGAACCAAGGAAGUAUUUCCAAGCAAUCAUGCAAAAGAAGAUAGACCACAUCCCGUUUACAUCAAAACAGAGAGUGAGCUGAAUGCUCUCUUUGGCAAGAAAAACAUGGACCGGGAUUCUCCUUCAGAUAUGGUUAUGGAGUCAGAUAAAUUAACGCCUCAGUAUUUACCCCCCGCACCUAAAUUACCGAAAGAGCAUUCACAAAAAAUAACAGCUGACCAAACAUUUACGACUUAUGAUGGUAAAACAAUUUCUGCGGCUACGUUGACUAGCGUCCCAGAGGUAAAUAAAGGUAAUACUAAGUUGUUUUCUUCAAAGCUACCAGCAAAUACAGAGCUACUUCUUAAAACACCACAGUUUGGCCCUUUUAAGGGUGAAAUCCCUCCUGUUGUCGCCGAUCAUAUAAAAACAGAUGCAGCAAACGUUCCCGUUCCAGUUUUUACAAACACAAGAUCUACGCAUUUGAAGCUUGUUAACUCAGUACACAAACAAAUCUCACCUGAAAUAUUUGACUUGAAAGCAGAAGGUAGUGAAAAACAUGAGGAAAAAGUAGAGGAUGAACCAACUAAGCAAGAAAAUAAAGAAGACGAAAAAGAAGAAGACAAAGAAGAAGAUGAAGAGGAAGAAGAAGAGGAAUACGAAGAAGAUGGUUUAGAAGAUGAAGAAAGUAAGCGUCGUAAAAGAGACACAAAAGCUGCUCAAUUUGAAAUGGGAAAAAUCGAAGAAGGAACGACAGAUAUAAAUAGAAAAGAUAGCGAUGCAAUAAAUCAUGUGGAUUUUGAGAUAAUGUCUUCUGACACAACUUCAAUCACAAAUAAUACUCAAGUUUUAACUUACGUCAUAAUGCUAACUUUACUAAAGAGAUUUUUUUAGAAUUUCGUAAAGCUUCUAUUUAUUAAAUUAUUUAUUGGAUUAAAUUAUUGUGCCUUGCCAUGAAUGCAUUUGGUUGAUUGUAGUGAUUAUUUAUUCGGGAUCAAGCUGUGGGUACUGUAUUGACUCAUUUCGUCUUCGUCCGCAGACUCCUUGACGUUAAUGUAACUCACCUGUUACCACUCUCACGCGUGACGCAAUUCAAUACUCUGUUAGUUGUAAGAUUUUGUAAAUAUUUUUACUUUAAUAAUAAAUGUAGAAUAACAUUUUAA